AUGUCCACAAACAGUGGCGGCAGUGCUGGUGGACAGUACCCAGCAAAUGUAGCAGUCUCCAACUACCACGAUAUUUACGUUCAACAGCAGCCCGGCCAGGAAGAACUAGAUAGCACAAAUACAACCACCUCAGCUCCACCGGUACCACAGCCAACAGUGAUAGUGUCCUCGCAGUCGGGCACACAGACCAGAAGCGACAGCAGUUCUCUCUACUUCCCGACAGCUCCACCCGUCCCGUACAGUGAGCUCGAGGAACCGAGCACCUCACGGCGCGGAGAACCGCCCAGCUACGAUGAAGCGGUCGAUGUGGAAGCGCCACCACCGUCCUACGAUUCCCUGUUCGGACGGGUUCGAGAAGCGCGCAAAUCUUCCCGGGGAAUUCUGGAUUUUAUAGUAAACAUUAUUAUUCUGGUGCUUGGCACGCUCGGUUGCACCAUCGCCCUGGGCAUUACGAUCGUCAUACCGGUGUGUAUGAUCGUGUUCGGUUCCCUCUACCUGUACGAUUGCCCGCAGGGUGAAUACAUACCGGUGUAUCUUCUGGUCGGCGGUGGUUUCGGAGUGCUGAAACAAUUGCUACACCUAUCCACACGCGUCCGCAGCCGGGAGGAACAGGAACUGGAACGAUUGCGGCAGACACCGACGCAAACGCUCAUCAACUGCUUCAUGCUCGGUUGGUUCAUUAUCGGUUCGUUUUGGAUCUACCAAAUCUACGAACCGAAUUACGAUCCGGCACUGGGCAAGUACUGCAACAAAUCCCUGUACCUGUUUACCUUCUGGCUCAUCACGUCCGUCUACAUGAUGCUGUUCAUCAUUACGAUCGUGCUGUGCAGUGUCAGCAUCAUCAGCCUAUGCUUUCACCGGCAAACCUAA